UGCUGCCUUCCACAUUCUCCUCCUUCCGGCAUGGCGAGGCUGUCGUCGGACCCACUGACGGUAGGGAGGGUGAUCGGAGAAGUCAUCGACUCGUUCAACCCCAGCGUGAAGAUGAUGGUGACCUACAACUCCAACAAGCUCGUCUGCAAUGGCCAUGAGUUAUUCCCCUCCGCCGUCGUCUCCAAGCCCAGAGUGGAGGUCCAAGGCGGCGAGAUGAGGUCUUUCUUCACGCUGGUGAUGACAGACCCAGACGCGCCCGGCCCCAGCGAUCCUUACCUACGGGAGCAUGUUCACUGGGUGGUGACUGAUAUCCCCGGCACGACUGAUGCGUCUUUCGGGAAGGAGGUGGUGAGCUACGAGAGCCCGCGGCCCAGCAUCGGCAUCCAUCGUUUCGUCUUCGUCCUGUUCAAGCAGAAGCGGGGGCAGUCGGUGGCCGCGGCGCCGCUAUCGAGGGACCGCUUCAGCACCCGCGGCUUCGCGCAGGAGAACGACCUCGACCUCCCCGUCGCUGCCGUCUACUUCAACGCCCAGAGGGAGACCGCCGCACGCAGGCGCUGA